AAAAAUUACAGACACGCCGCUCUCUCUCUCACACACGCACUCCCUCUCUCUAGAAUUUUCAGUCGUCGACGAACCAUUUUCUCGCCGGAAAAUCGGUGCCCCCUCCCCUGACCACCCUUGACAUUAACAAUAACCAGGCAUCGCCGUUUCCUUCAUCCCUACAAAAUUCUCAUUUCUAUCAUCUUCUCCGUCUGCCUUCGCCGGAGCUCCUUAGUCAAAUUGCGGCGGCGACGUCGUUUUCUUACUGUCAGCUGUUUUAACAGAUUAGGUACACUGGUAAGAAACUGGUGGUUGCCUAUUAAAUAAUCAACAUAGACCUGAAUAGAGCCGUCGUCAAUAAAAGGCCUUUACAGUUUCCCUUUUAUACCGAAACUCAAAAACCAAAACCCCCUUCUCCGGCGAUGAUUGAUCCCGCAGUCGCCGGCGACACUCAACCCGCCGCCGUCAAGAAAAAGCGAAGCCUCCCAGGAACACCAGAUCCCGACGCCGAAGUGAUCGCGCUAUCGCCGACGACGUUGCUGGCGACGAACAGAUUCGUGUGCGAAAUCUGCAACAAGGGUUUCCAGCGCGACCAGAAUCUGCAGCUUCAUCGGAGGGGUCACAAUCUGCCAUGGAAGCUCCGGCAAAGGUCGAGCAAGGAGGUGAAGAAAAGAGUUUACGUCUGCCCGGCGGCGAGCUGCGUCCACCACCACCCGUCGCGGGCGCUCGGCGAUCUGACAGGGAUCAAGAAGCACUUCUGCCGGAAACAUGGCGAGAAGAAAUGGAAAUGCGACAAGUGCUCCAAGAAAUACGCCGUUCAAUCCGAUUGGAAGGCUCAUACCAAGAUUUGCGGCAGCAGAGAGUACAAAUGCGACUGCGGCACCGUCUUCUCCAGGAAGGAUAGUUUUAUUACGCAUAGGGCUUUCUGCGAUGCAUUGGCUGAAGAGAGUGCCAAAGCGCAGCCGACGCCGGCGGUUGGUUCUUCAACCACUUCGCCGCCGCCGCCGCCGUCGUCUGCUUUCAGCGCCGAGCUACAAGAUGGCGCAAGCCCAAGCCCAAGCGCAAACCGUUCGACAUCUCCGACUACAGAUGAAGCGGCCGCAGCCACAAACUUCACAGCGAGCUGCAGCAGCGGCAUCGGUUCGAGCAGCAACGGGAGCUCGAGCAGCAAUGCUUUCGCAAGCAUAUUCGCCUCAUCGAUGUCGACAUCUUCUCAGACUCUGUUAUCUCAACCAACCAGAUUCGCCGACUUCUUCCAAGCCAUUGCGCGGGUCGACUACCCAAUCGAUGCGCCGCAAUCGUCCUCGUCAGAAACCAUCUCUCUCUGCCUCUCGACAAACCAAACCUUGUCGAUAGCCGGAGCAGCCGGGCAGUUUGCGCCGGCACCAAAGCCCGCUAUGUCGGCAACGGCAUUGCUACAAAAGGCCGCUCAGAUUGGCGUCAGGACGUCGAAUGCAUCCCUUCUAAGGGGUCUCGGGAUAGUCUCAUCGGCCUCGGCGACAAACCCGGCUGAGGAAUGGGGCAGCCGGGUAAUUGAGCUCGGCGGCGGUGCGACGAUAGCUGCCGGGCUUGGUUUGGGGAUCGCCGGAGAUCACGAUGGCUCGGGUUUGAAGGAAUUGAUGCUCGGAACGCCAGCCGGAUUAGGCACUAGGCAGACGACCCUCGAUUUACUCGGUUUGGGAAUGGCUGCCGGCGGCAAUGGCUCGGCCGGAGGGCUAUCGGCGUUGAUGACGUCGAUCACCGGCCGCGCCGGUGUACGGAAGUAGCUGCUGCUGCCGUUAUGGUAACAAAGAAGUUGGAAAUGGAAGAAAAUUGAGUCCAUUAGUUAAUUAAUUGUAUUGCCACAAUUAUAGUGGUUGAGUUUGAUCAAGAAUUGAUGUUAAAAUUUGUUAUCAUGGGAAGGCGAAAGGUCAAUUCAGCAACUUUUUGACAUAUUCCGAUUAGAGAAAUGAAGCAUGCGUUUCUGUGUG